GAUCCGUAGAGGCGACGUCACGGGACGCUCUAAAGGCAGAUUGGCGCUGGGGAGAGAGACGGAGCCAUUACAUACGGCAGCAGCAGUAGCGGCGGAGGCGGCAGCGGAGACAGAGCUGCACGGCUAAGAUGUGUGACUUCACGGAAGAUCAGACUGCUGAGUUCAAAGAGGCCUUCCAGCUGUUUGACCGAACAGGGGAUGGAAAGAUCUUAUACAGCCAGUGUGGGGACGUGAUGCGGGCCUUGGGCCAGAAUCCCACCAAUGCAGAGGUGCUCAAGGUCUUAGGGAAUCCCAAGAGUGAUGAGAUGAAUGUGAAGGUGUUGGACUUUGAACACUUUCUGCCAAUGCUGCAGACCGUAGCAAAGAAUAAGGACCAGGGCACAUAUGAAGACUAUGUAGAGGGGCUUCGGGUGUUUGAUAAGGAAGGGAACGGCACAGUCAUGGGUGCUGAAAUACGGCACGUCCUUAUCACUCUGGGUGAGAAGAUGACCGAGGAAGAAGUGGAAGUGUUGGUGGCAGGGCAUGAGGACAGCAACGGUUGUAUCAACUAUGAAGCGUUUGUGAGGCAUAUCCUGUCGGGGUGAAGGGCCCCAUGGGGCGGAGCUAGUCCGGAUGGUGCUGAAUGGCUGAGAACAAAAGUCCCCUUUCCACAAAGAAUCCCCUAACUUUCUCAGUGUGAAAAUGAUCCUCUCACCCCUGAAGCAACUAACUAUAUUGUCAGGGUUACCAACGUCCUUCCUUCCAACCCCCACAUGUCCUCUUUGGCCUACCUGCUCUCUGCUUUCACCAAAUUAAACUUGCUAACUGCUCCCAA